AUGGCAAUCGGCCUUCCUGCCUGGGUUGUUAAGGCUAUUGACAAGAAGCGACGCGUCUUCUUGUGGACGGGUACAGAUGCGGUUCAUGGGGGACAGUGCCAGGUGUCCUGGACGAAUACUGACCAUUGGAUUGAUGGAGGCCGCUCAGUGGCCUCCUUGGCUCCUGACCUCCUCUUCGCUGUGCCACAGCGCCUCCGUUCGCGCACGGUUGCUUCUGGCCUGGCGAACAACUCCUGGGUUUCGGACAUCCGCGGGGCCCUCACUGUCCCUGUCAUCUCCCAGUUCUUCUUAUUUGGGAUGCUGCGCUUCGAAUUCAGCUCUCGCCGGGUGUCAGAGACCGUCUUGUUUGGUGUUGGACGAGCGACCAGCGCUACUCUGCGCCGGCGCUGCUGGACGGCCGACCUCCUCCUAAAGCGUGGCUUGGAUAGUCAUUCGGCCAGCCCCUUCUGUGGUCAAGAGCUUGAGACAGCGAACCACAUCCUCCUCGAUUGCAUCUUCGCUCGGGUCGUCGUCUCCAAAAUAUCGAGUGCUGCAACACAACACAUUUUGAGACAGACAUAUCCUCAAACAACAUUCAUACAGCACUUGAUAAGACACAUGGACACAAACAAACCGGGUGCUUUGGCAGAUGAAGCAGGGCUUAACAAUGAGGGUAAACUAAGCCAGCACACAGGAGAUGGAUCUGUUGAUGUCAAAGGGAAUCCUGCAUCCAAACACUCUACUGGUUGCUGGAGGGCAUGUGCUUUCGUUCUUGGGACGGAAUGCUUGGGGCAGUUGGCGUUCUUCGGGGUGCAGUACAGCCUGGUGACAUUCCUGACGACGCAAUUGCGGCAGGGAAAUGCAGAAGCAGCCAGGAACUUCAGCAUGUGGCAGGGCACCUGCUACAUCGCUCCCCUCGCCGGUGCCAUCGUCGCCGACUCCUGCCUCGGCCGAUACCGCACCAUCCUCGCCUUCUUCUCCAUCUACAUCAUCGGGAUGGGAACGAUGGCGCUGUCGGGGGCGUCGCCGGCGGUCAUCAGCCGGAGCACCCAGCCGGCCGUCUUCUCCCUGGGGCUGUACCUCAUGGCCAUCGGCGCCGGCUGCAUCAAGUCCUGCGUGGGGCCAUUCGGCGCCGACCAGUUCGACGGCGGCGACGCCAUGGAGAGGCCCAAGAAGAGCUCCUACUUCAACUGGUUCUACUUCGCCAUGUACGUCGGCGCCCUCGUCUCCGGCUCCGCCGUGGUGUGGCUGCAGGACAACUUCGGCUGGCUCCUCGGCUUCGGCGUCCCGGCCCUCUGCACCGUCCUCGCCAUGGCCAGCUUCCUCCUCGGCUCCGCCAUGUACAGGUACCACCAGCCUCGUGGCAGCCAGGUGGUCCGAGCUUGCCAGGUCGUCGUCGCCGCCGUCAGGAAGAGGAACGUCGUGCUGCCUCACGACGGCUUCGUCCUCUACGAUGGUCCGGCAGAGGAGGGGCGGAGGAUGGCGCACACCGACCAGUUCAGUUUCUUGGACAAGGCGGCGGUGGCGGUGGCGGUGCCGUCGUCGGCGGCGGCGCAGCCGUGGAGGCUGUGCACGGUGACGCAGGUGGAGGAGCUGAAGGCGAUCGUGCGGAUGCUGCCGGUGUGGGCCACCGGGAUCGUCUACUGCAUGGUGCUCGUCCAGCAGCCGCUCUUCCCGGUGCAGGGCCGCGCCAUGCGCCGCCGCCUCGGGGUCGCGUUCGCCGUCCCGGCGGCGUCGCUCAACUCCGUCUACGCCGCUGCCAUGCUCGUCCUCGUGCCGCUCUACGACGCCGCGGUGGUGCCCGCGGCGCGGCGGCUCACCGGCAGCGAGAGGGGGCUGACCGAGCUGCAGCGCAUCGGCGCCGGCAUGGCGCUAUCCGUCGCCGCCAUGGCCGCCGCGGCGACCGUCGAGGGCAGGCGACUGGCGGCCGCCGGCGAGGUGAGCAUCGCGUGGCAGGUGCCGCAAUACGUGCUGCUCGGCGCCAGCGCGGUGUUGGCCCACAUCGGGCAGCUGGAGUUCUUCUACAACCAGGCGCCGGACUCCAUGAGGAGCCUCUGCUCGGCGCUCGGCCACAUGACGUGCUCGCUCGGCAGCUACCUCAGCUCCGUCGUCGUCACCGUCGUGUCCCAUGCCACCGCGAGGGGCGGCUCGCCGGGGUGGAUCGCCGACGACAUCGACGACGGCCACCUCGACCGCUUCUUCUGGCUCGUCGCCGGCCUCAGCUCGAUCAACCUCGUCGUGUUCAUCUGCUGCGCAAAGCGAUACAAGUACAAGGAUUCAAUCAAUUAAUUGAGAAUUGCUGAUCGAAUUGUGAAUCUGUAAAUUGUAAUCAGCUCAUGUGUUCUUUAGUUUCUGUACACGGGAAAAUUUAUGUUUUCUCAUUGUUAUUUUUGGAAUAGAAAUCAAGAGCUCUGUGAAUUCACUGGGAGU